AUGAAUCACAGAACGACGCUGCGCGUAAUGCGCGCUCCGUCGGCUUCGACACUCCUUUGCGGCGGUUCAGUUCAUUCGCCGUUCCUCUUCAGCGCGACAACAACAACGACGACGACCCCCUACCGCCGCCUCACAAGUUCCCUCACAUCCGAAAAGUCACCCUCGGCACCCGUCCUGAACCCCAAGGUCAACCCUGUGGCCUCCUCCCGUCCUGCACCCCUCGAACUACCCGAGCGCCAGCCUGAUCAGUCCAAGUUCUCUCACCUGUUCGCGCAAGCCAAGACGUACAUCAAGUUCUACAAGAGCGGCCUCUCCGCCGUCUUCGCCAACAGGCGGCACAUACAAGGCGUCAUCGCCACCAAGAGCAAGACCGUCGAAGGCUUCCGCUCCCCCUCCGUCUUCACGCCGGGCCUGGUCCCUAAGGGUUUCAGCCGCGCAGACUGGGUCCUCCUCUGGCGUGUGCGUCACGAUAUCCUUCGCGUCCCGCUCUUCGGCGUCGUCUUGCUUAUCUGUGGGGAAUUUACCCCCCUCAUCGUCAUCUUUGUCGACGGCGUCGUGCCCUACACCUGUCGUCUCCCUCGCCAGCUCAACGCAAGCUUUGUGCAGGCUGAGGAGCGUCGGCACAAGUCGUUUGCGGAUUUUGAGAGGGCCGCGCCUCAGGGUGCAAUCCCUGGCACUGCUAGGGCGGCAGCGCGCAAGCAUGUCCUGCGUAGCUUGCACCUUCCCGGCAUGAUGUGGGAAAAGGUUGGCUUCUUCCCGCCGGGCAUGUGGGCGACCAAGGGCCGCCUGAGAAUGGCGUUCCUGGAGGGCGACGACAAGUUGCUGCUGCGCGACGGCGGUGUUGCCGGGCUUGAGGAGCAGGAGGUGCGGAUUGCGUGCACUGAGCGUGGCAUUGACUGCAUUGGUCGCGAUGACGCGGAGCUGAGGAGUCUGUUGGACAAGUGGCUUCGCCUCACCGACGCAGAGGAGACUGCCGAGAGGAGGAAGCGUAUGACAGUCAUGUUGACGACAAGGACCGAGAACUGGCCCAAAAACAGAAACUUCACCCUCCCUGAGUGGCAUCUCUGA